AUGAUCAAGGCGAUCUUAGUGAUCAACAAUCAUGGGAAACCGAGGCUUUUGAAGUUCUAUCAGCAUUAUAGCGAAGAGAUGCAGCAACAAAUUGUUCGAGAAACGUUCCAACUCGUUUCGAAGCGAGACGACAACGUGUGCAAUUUUCUCGAAGGCGGCACUCUUAUUGAUGGAAACGAUUAUCGUCUAAUUUACCGUCAUUACGCUACACUGUACUUCAUUUUCUGCGUUGACUCGUCGGAGAGCGAGCUCGGUAUCUUGGACCUAAUCCAAGUUUUUGUUGAAACUCUCGAUAGAUGCUUUGAGAACGUCUGUGAACUGGAUCUGAUCUUCCACGUCGACAAAGUUCACCAUAUUCUUGGAGAAAUCGUGAUGGGCGGCAUGGUUCUGGAAACGAACAUGAACGAGAUUUUGCUACGGAUACAGGAACAGGAGAAGCUUCAGAAGCAGGAAGCAGGACUCUCAGCAGCUCCCGCUCGAGCUGUCUCAGCCGUCAAGAACAUAAACAUUCCCCAGCAACUCAAAGACAUCAAGCUUCCCGAUUUGCCUUCUCUCUCUAAUUUAAAGAACGCUUUUUGA